GCUAGACUAGAAUUUUAGAGUCCGGCAAAAGUAGCAGUAGAACUGAACUGCAACUAAAGGAAGUAGCCUAGUUUGAAUAUUGUAAUGUUAUACCUGUACUUCAUAGUAUUGGAGUAUAGAAGAUACAAACCGUAAAAGUGAUGCCGGCCCAGCCCUCCCUCAGAGAACCACAGGAGGAGAUGGAGGUGGAGGGAGAGAGUGAACUACCAGAGGCCAAUGGAGAGAUGGAGGAAGAGAGGGAGAGAGAGAGAAGAGAGGGGGAGGAGGAAACCAUGGAGGAAAGUACGGAGGAGAGGGAGAGCGACUCGGAUGAUAGUGAGGAGGAGGAAGAGGAGGAAGAGGAGAGUUCAGAGAUGGAUGAUGAAGACUGUGAGAGGAGGAGAGGAGAGUGCCUAGAUGAGAUGUCAGACCUAGAGAAACAGUUCCUGGAACUGAAAGACAAGUUGUUUCGUGAGCGGUUGAACCAGGUUAAGGUGAAGCUAGAUGAGGUGUUGACUGGUAAAGCAGGAGAAUACAGGGAACCACUGGCAACACUACAACACAACAUGACGCUACGCACCCAGGUGGCAGGUGUGUACAGAGAACUGUGUCUGCAGGUGAUCCAACACAGGUACGAGUGUGAGCUGCAGGGAGCUCGACAACACCUGGAGAGCGAGAGGACAUUGUUGUUUGAUGCUAUGAAGACAGAACUGCUGGAUAAGAUCAGUCGUCUGGAGGAGGAUAGCCAGAGUGUAGACCUCACGUCAGAGUGGUGGAGUGAUGAGGUGAAAGGGAAGAAGUGUAAAAGGAGGAGUCUGUCCCGGCCAGAGAGGAAGAAGAAGGCUGCCCUAGUAUCUGGCCCGUUCAUCGUCUACAUGUUGAGAGACAUUGAUAUCCUGGAGGACUGGGCAGCUAUACAGAAGGCUAAAGCAGCACUGACACCACUAAAGAAGAUCACAAAUCAGACAAAGUCCCCAGAAGAUAAGUAA